UGUAAUGUGUGUGUGUGCAGGUAUAAAUAUAGAGGCAUGGCAGUCCGGUGCGCGUGCAGAUCAAUGUUGCUCCGCCACUGAACUCAAGUCAUUUCCAGACGCUCGUGCGCCGCUGCGCCUCAGCUGCUCCCGCUCGUGCUCCCGCUCGCGCUCCUGCUCGUGCUCACACAAACGCCCGGCGUCUGUUCACAGAGUCACACCCGGGAUGGGCUCUCUGUCGGCCCUGCGGACUCUUGUCAUCUUGGGCCUGGUGACCGGACUCGCGGGGGUCGCUCCGGGCCUGAACCGGACGGCGGAGCGCUGGGAGGCCCUGUACUCCCGCUCCCUGGCACGGAUCCCUGGGGAGAAGCGGGAGGAGAUCAGCCGGGACAGCGACUACCUGCUGGGGAUUAAAAGGUUACGGCGCCUCUAUUGCAACGUGGGGAUCGGCUUUCAUAUGCAGGUGUUACCGGACGGUAGAAUAACGGGCGUUCAUCACGAGAAUCGUUACAGUCUACUGCAGAUCUCUCCAGUGGAGAGAGGAGUGGUGACUCUGUGGGGGGUGCGCAGUGGACUCUUUGUGGCCAUGAAUCGACGAGGAAAACUCUACGGAUCUGUGAGUUUACACUACAACAACGAGUGCACGUUCAGAGAGAAGCUCCUCGCCAACAACUACAACGCCUACGAGUCGCUGGUCUACCCAAGGAUGUUCAUUGGACUGAGUAAGAAUGGCAAAACAAAAAGAGGAAACAGAGUGUCACCAGCCAUGACAGUGACACAUUUCUUACCAAGAAUCUAGUGACCUCAGUAAUAGAAGAGGAAGAGAACUCCAAAACAUGAUGCACUUUCACGCCAAGUUGAUGCAAGUGUAUCAUAUUUAAUACUGUGUCAUGUAUAUAUAUACAUACUGUAUAUACAUAUAUAUUCUUUUUUUAUGUUUAACAUAACUUUUGUACUUUUUAGGAUGGAUUGUCUUUUCACUAAGGAUGAAUGAGCAGGGGAUCACACUUCUUUCUUUUCAUUUUCCUAAUUUAUCAGACGUUUGCUGCUACUGAAUGAAAUCCUGUGAUUGAAUUUUUCAAUCUUCAAUCUUUUCUUUGCACUGGUGUGUGUGUGUGUGUGUGUGUGUGUAUGCAGCAGUGCAUGAA